UUUAAAUAUCGAAUUCAAUUUGAAGCAGAUCAUUGAAUUCGCUGUUUUAUUUCGUGUGCCUGGGUGUGUGGGGUGGUUUUGCUGUUUCCACGCAUCUUUCGAUAUGAAUUUAAUUGGGAGCUGCCAGCACCGCCAUUUGAUGCACGAAUCGUUUCCAUUCGUUCAGCGCUGUCGCCAGGAGAACCCCUAUUUCCAGAGCUGGGUUCUGAAUCACGCAGAGGUGUCCCCGGACUUUCCGAUCCAGCCUCCCUACAGCGCGGAGUUCGAGGUUCCGGGUCCUGCGCAGGAUCUCAGCCAGUUGGAAGCACUUUCGGGACGGCUGGGGAAGAGGAGAGGAGCCGGUCCCAAGAAGGAAAGGCGGAGGACUGAGAGCAUUAACAGCGCGUUUGCAGAAUUAAGGGAAUGCAUUCCAAACGUGCCCGCGGACACCAAACUGUCAAAAAUCAAAACCCUAAGACUCGCCACCAGUUAUAUUGCCUACCUAAUGGACGUGCUCGCCAAGGACUCUCACUCCGAGGAAACGGAGGGCUUUAAGGCUGAAAUCAAGAAAUUCGACAACAGGGACACGAAAAGAAAACGAGAACCGAGCGAACUCCAUCAGGGAUCGCUGGUGAACGGAAAGAAGUUGAAAGGCAGGACGGGCUGGCCUCAGCAGGUCUGGGCUCUGGAACUCAACCAGUGACGCGGGAGAGAGAGCUCCAGCCCACAUUUCACAUGGACUCCGAUAGAAUCCACCAAGAGAAGCAGGCACUGCACCGGCGGGAAUACAACCGCUCCUACACGUGUGAGCACUGAUACCGGUGCAUAGACAUGUCACUCCAAACCAAGCAAUACAUGAACACAGACAAGUGUGAAGUGUGAAGUAUUAUUAAUAUAAAGCUGAAGAAACCAACAAGGAGGAGAACACCUGACAUUGACUUUCGCAUUCAGUUUCAAAGGCUGCAAAUGCACGCUGCGCACUCAAUUGGUUUGGGUUUCUUUUUGUUUUUCAAAUGGGAUUAUGCUAAAAUGUUGCAAGGACUUAAUUGACAAUAUAAUUGUAGCUAUUUAAAAUGACAGGAUGCUGGAUUUGCAGAACGGUUGUUCUUCGGAUGUAUAUUCUUCUAACUUUAUCAUAGACGAUGAUUAUUAUUAAUAUUAUUAAUAUUAUGAUUAUUAUUAUAUUUUAUA